CUUUCUGUUCUCUCUGUUCAGUCAUUUAUUGUCCCAGGUCUUCUGUAAUACAUCUUGUCUUAUUUUCUAUAACCAUAUUUAUUUUUUACAAAUAUUUUCUGAACCCACGCAUUCUCUAGACAAAGUCAUUCUUUAAUCAUGGCUGACAAAAGUCAUAUGCUAAUGAGAAGAAAAGAGAGAAAAGAAAAAGAGGCGGCUGAAAUGACCAAGGAUGUAAAGGAAGUGAAGAAUGAUGGAAAGAGAGCAGUGGAUAAUGGAGAGGUACCAUCAGCUGAAGUGGUAGCCACCAAUGGUACAGUAGCUAAUGGUCAGAAUGGAGAUUUUCAGCUUGAGCCAGUGGAACUACCUCCAUUUGAAAUCAUCGCAGGGGACCGGAUUGAUCCUUUUGUCUUUAGGUUUCAAUUCAAGAAUGUGGAAUACUCCUCAGGCCGCAACAAGACCUUCCUGUGUUACUUGGUGGAUAAAGGGAACACAGCUGAUGGACUGCUGAGGGGCUGUCUGGAGGAUGAGCACACUGGGUCUCAUGCUGAGGAAGCUUUCUUCACACAGUGCCUGUCGGACUAUGACUCUGCACUCAAAUACACAGUCACCUGGUAUGUGUCCUCCAGUCCCUGUUCUGCUUGUGCAGCAAAGAUAGCUGAAGUGUUGAAAACCAGGAAAAACAUCAGGCUGAGCAUCUUUGCUGCUCGUCUGUUUGAGUGGGAGGAAGCAGAGAUCCAGAUAGGGCUGAAGGCCCUGCACACUGCUGGUUGUAAGCUGAGGGUGAUGAAGCCCCUGGACUUCUCCUACACCUGGGACACGUUUGUGGAGAAUGAGGACCAACCUCUGAACCUUUGGGAAGACUGCAAAGAAAACUAUGAGUAUUACCAUGAGAAGUUGGCUGACAUUCUAGAGUGACCACAGAAUCCAGUUGGGAAUUUGUGCAUCCUCAAUCAUCACCAUUACUUCUUACCCAUGAUUCAUACAUAGUGACACAAUUAUAGAGCAUAUGAAUCAUUGCUAGUGGAAUAGCUGUGUGUGCCAGUCUGUGUGUGUUGCCUUUACUUUAGUGUGUGAAUGAAUACUGUAAUCACACUUCCUGUAUUAUGGUGAAAAAACCUCCCAACGACAUCUGGCAGCGAUCCCCACAUCUGCCUUCCUAUCAUGGUUUGUUCUGGUAUCAGACAUUAGUGGUUUACAGUCUGUGUUAGGUAUGUUUUCUUUUUGUUUUGAUUGUUUGCACAUUUUUUUGCACACAAUGAUUUUUAUGAGGUGCUACAAUGUUUUCAGUUUGAGGAGGUAAAUGACAGAAAAAAAGACAGAAAGUCUUGUUCAUAUUCAACAUAUGUUGUUUAUGUAGUGAAAAAAGAAACCUGGACUUUGAACCUGGAUUUACCACUCUCAGCUGGACUUGGCUUCUCCAUUCAGUGAUAAAAGUGAUGAGAGACCUGGAUAAGGUGCCACGUGCCACAGUAUCCUGGUUUCAAUGGGACUACUUUAGCUAGCGUACUUGGGUUUCUCAAAACCAGCAUAAUGGCUUUGGCUAAUUAGCUUUGAUAUGCAUUGUGUUGAGAUUAGAACUGUGUGAGAAAGCAAUUAUUAGAAAAACAGUAUUACACCUUUAGACUGAGGCAUUUCUGCUCGCAAUUCAUGCACAUUGUGAAAAACUGUCCAAUAAAUGCCAUUCACAUUUGUUUCACAUGACCAGACGAACCUGUUAGGGAACUCUGGGACAAAAAGAAACCCAUUGGCCUCUACUGGCAACCUAGUUGGCUUCUCAACAAGAAAAACCCGUAUAGUUUAAUUUGAUUGUAGUGCAUUUUGUCAAAUACAUUUAUAAAAUGAAUAGAUUAAAUAAACUAUUGGAAUCCAACCGACACACACUGAAGUUGGAGCGUUCUGGGCUCCUGGGGCUUUGCGGCUAAUUCAGCCUUUCCUUUUUAGAGUGCAUCAGAUCCAAAUAAUGUAUCUGUA